UAGUUUAUGGUCAAGCUGGAUUGAGCUGACAAUUUCUCAUGGUCAAAAUUGAAUUAAAUCACAGCAGCUGUUACAGUUUUCAUAAUACAGUUAAAUAAAAUACAUAUUAUUUAUCAUGAAUGAACAAAACAUUCCCAUUGAUAUUAAUGUUGGUAGAUUAUUGGAAUGGCUAAUCAGUAGAAGACAUUGUAAAAAAGAUUGGUAUUCAAAAGUUGUAACUAUUAGAGAAAAAAUAACCGAUGCCAUAAAAGAUAUGCCAGUCCGAGAUGAUGUAGCAUGUUUAUUGUCUACCAUUGACAUCAAUUAUUUUGACUGCCGCAAAUUGGUUGAAAUUUUAAAAGAAACCGAAGCAGAUACAAAAAAUAUGUUUGGGAGAUAUGGAUCGCAAAGAAUGAAAGAUUGGCAAGAAAUUAUGUCUUUGUAUGAAAGGGAUAAUGUAUAUCUUGCAGAAGCAGCACAAAUGUUGAUGAAAAUUGUGAAAUAUGAUAUACCCAGUUUAAAGAAACAAAUUCAGAAAUUACAACAGAUGCAAAAUGAUUUAGAUAAAGAAACGGAAAAACAUAAGAAAUCAGAGAGAACAGCAAAAGCUGAAUUCGAUGCCCUCUGUAAACAAUUAAAUAUUUCUGGAAAAAAUAUCAGAUUUGAAUUGGCUGAAACUGCUAAAAUCGAAUUACCAAAAAUUUGUACAAAGAUAGCGGAGAAAACAAAAUCUCUCAGUGAUAUUGUUAAUUUUUACGAAGCAUAUGUACAAUUUACAAAUGGGAAAGAAAUUAAUGAAGAUAGUAUGAAAUGUUUAAAGUAUGUGAUAGCAAAAGGAAAUACUACAGCAACAGAAUUUUUACAAGAAGAUUCAUCGCAAUUGACAUCUGACUCUGAUUUCAACAUCACUGUUGUAGAAGAUAAUAAUGAAAAACAAACAGAAGAUAUUUAUGACAUAAGAAUAGAAAGCAAUGAUUCUUAUGCAGAUAACAUCACGUGUGAGAGUUCUGAUGCAGAGUUGAUAUGUUUACAAGAUGAACUAAUAGUAGACUACCCCACUCCAACUAUUUUAGAACAUCAAACAAUGAUAGACUUUAUGAAUGAUUUAUUAGAACUGGAAGCAUUUUUGAAAAUGCGUCUAUAUGAAUUUCAACAAGAAAGUAAAGAAAAUUUAAUGACCUUUAGUCACAUGCAAGAGGCAUCAGAAAUUGUUCAACUUUCUAAUUUACAAAGUGUACAAAAUAUGUUAGAAAGAAUGCAAAAUAUUAUAUCUGACAUGUCUGAUAGCAAAUAUGAACAUUUAUACUCUAUCAGAAAUCUUCCAAGUUAUGCAGAUACAUUAACCUUAUCUCUACAACGAAAAUUAGCUAUAGUUGAGAGAAUGUUAAAAUAUCAAGACACUUGUAUACAAAAGAGAAAAGAAGCGGGAGAACGUAUAAUAGGUCUGCAGCCUCUUUUGAAUCAUGCAGUACAAAGAAUGAAAGAAUUACAAACCGAGAUAGAACAAGAUAUUUCAAAGAAAUAUCAAAAUAGAACUGUGCACAUAAGAGGAGGUUCUAUUUUGUAAUAAUUAUUAAAUUAUACGUUGAGUAAGACUUGCACACAGCUAUUCUCUGAACUGUUAACUCAUGAAAUAAGAGUAAACUAAAACAAAAUCAUAUUUUAUAUUUUUGUAAUAUAAAUUCCUGAGGUAAACGCUGCUAUUAAGAUACGUGCAAUCUGUAAAUACAUUAUAGAGAACAA